AUGGAGAAGAAGGAUUUCAACUGCGGCGAUUCGGGACCAGGACCUUACCAAGAGAUGAAGAGAAAUCUAGAGAGUGAAGUAGAAGGAACAGCAAGAAAGAAGAAACGCAAAAAGCGUCAUUAUGAAGAAAAAUCAAAGGAGAAGAGUGAGAAGGCUUCAAGUAGCGAACAACUUCCAGAACAGCAUCAGAAGAAGCAAAAGAGGGACAGAGAGGACAGCAAAGAAGAUAAGAGACCCCCCUGUGAUGAUCAGCGGAAGAAAAAAAGGGAAAGAGAGGACAGCAAAGAAGAUAAGAGACCCCCCUGUGAUGAUCAGAAGAAGAGAAAAAGGGACAGAGAAGACAGCAAAGAAGAUGGAAAUGACCAGAAGAGACAACGGGCUGAUCCUACAGAGCCUAACCCCCAAAUUCUAACCAGCUAUGAGUUCCACUCAGAGCUGGGACAAGGAGGAUACAGCAGGGUUAUGCUGGCCACAUUAGGUAACAGGCCACCUGUUGCAAUUAAGGUUAUCAAGAUAACAUCAGGGUGCAUUUCCAACAGCAUCCUGACAGAGGCCAACGUGCUCCGGAUCACCAGUGAGUGCCCAUACCUGUGCCAUGGGUAUGCGGCAUUUCAUACACAGCGGCACGCAUUCCUUGUUAUGGAACUCCUCAGUGGGGGCAGCCUGGAGGAUCAGAUCAACACACACGGAUGCCUGGAUAUGACCAGAGUACUCUUCUACUCCGCAGAGUUGGUAUGUGGCUUGGAAUCCCUUCACAACAUGGGCAUCGUUCACCGGGAUCUGAAACCUGCAAACAUCAUGCUAGAUGAAGAAGGUCACAUUAAAAUCACAGAUUUCGGUCUAGCGAAGAUUAAUAUUUUCGGCAACAAGACCAUCACUGGCCGGGCAGGCACAAUGGGAUACAUUGCCCCGGAGAUCCUAAACAAUAGGGAAUAUACAGCAGCAGUAGACUGGUGGGCCCUUGGAAUCAUUAUCUUCAAAAUGGCCACCGGCGAGUCCCCAUUCUUGGAUGGAAGCGAUGAGGAGGAGCAUACUGACUCUGUCAUCUACGAAGAACCUGUAUUUCCUCAGUGGCUUGAUGAAGACCUGGUAGAUCUUCUAAAAAAGCUCCUCAAGAAGAAGCCUCAACAGCGCCUUGGGGUGUGUGGCACCAUCAAAGACCACCCCUUUUUUUCUUGUAUUGAUUGGGAAGAGCUGGAGAGCCAGGAAGCUCCACCACCUUUUCAGCCAAUACCAACAACUGAUAAGCCGCGCAAAGGUAAGGCUCCGUCUUUCCUGCAGCCCCAAAGGAAUGACACCACAUCAGGGGGCAGCAAGAAGAACUCAGGCUUUUCAUUUGUCAGCUCCACCUGGCAGAGAAUUGUUCCAUGA